AUGAAACUGGAUAACCAAACUCAGCUUUCAGAAUUUCUUCUCCUGGGAUUUUCAGAUGACCCAGCACUGCAGCCUUUUCUCUUUGGGUUGUUCCUCUCCAUGUACCUGAUCACUGAAUGUGGGAACCUGCUCAUCAUCAUGGCCAUCCUCUCAGACCCCCAACUCCACACUCCCAUGUACUUAUUCCUUGCCAACCUGUCCUUCUCUGACAUCUGCUUCACUUCCACCACCAUCCCCAAGAUGCUGGUGAACAUCCACACGCAGAGCAGAGCCAUCAGCUAUGAAGGCUGCAUCACACAGAUGUUCUGCUUCAUAAUGUUUGCAACGUUAGAUGACUUUCUCCUGACCGUGAUGGCCUAUGACCGGUUUGUGGCCAUCUGUCACCCCCUACACUACACAGUCAUCAUGAACUCCCAUUUCUGUGUGCAGCUUAUUCUGUUGUGCUGGGUCAUUGGUGUCCUGAAUGGCCUUAUGCUGAGCUUACUGGUGCUGAGGCUGAGCUUCUGUACACACCUGGAAAUCCCUCAUUUUUUCUGUGAGAUAAAUGAGGUGGUCCACAGAGCCUGUUCUGACACCUUUCUCAAUGACCUCAUGGUCUAUAUUGCAACUGUGCUGCUGUUGGUUGUUCCUGUGUCUGGGAUCCUGUACUCCUACUCCAAGAUCGCCUCCUCCAUCCGUGCCAUCUCAUCAAAACAGGGCAAGUAUAAAGCCUUUUCCACCUGUGCCUCUCAUCUCUUGACCCUCUCUCUAUUUUAUGGCACAAGCAUAGGUGUGUACCUCAGUUCCAGUGCAGCCCCAAGUUCAGCCUCAACUGCAGCAGCCUCGGUGAUGUACACUGUGGUCACCCCCAUGCUGAAUCCCUUCAUCUAUAGUCUCAGGAACACAGACAUGAAGAGGGCUUUGAAAAGAUUGCUGUUCCAUAAAUGA